AUGGACGAGCCCCAGAAGAAGGCCGGCCAGCGGCACGAGGGCCGGCCCCGCAAGGUGAGGUUCAGGAUCUCCUCGGCCUGCAGCGGGCGGGUGCUGAAGCAGGUCUACGAAGAUGGGCAGGAGCUGGAGCCCCCGGCCGAGGAGCACUCGCGGCGCUUCCUGCGCCACGGCUUCGAGCCGGGGCAGCCGCUGGAGCCGGGGCAGCUGCUGGAGAACAGAACGCGCUGGCCCACGGCCCUGACCGCCCGCAGGAUCAGCGUCCUGCGCCAGGAGCCCGCGCUCGGGCUGGCGGGCACCGCCGCCCUGCCCAGCGACUGGCCCGGCGCCAGCCCCUGCAGGUCUUCCCCAGUUGUAGAUUUUGGCAAGAUCAUAAUCUACACCAAUAACCUGAAAAUCAUCCGUGCACCGAUGGGCCAGAAAGAGCUCAUGAGAAGAAUCAUCCAGACUGAGGGAAUAAACGACUGGACAUUCGUGUACCGGGAGAAGAAAGAACUAUUUAGUGGUGGUCAUAAAAAAGAUGUGGAGAAUAAGGUCACUUGCAACCAGCAUGUGCAGGAGGGCGAUGCGGAACGCGGCUGCUCCCAGUGCAAAGGCUCGGGCUGCGCUCCCUGCUCGCUGUGCCACGGAAGCAAGUUCUCCAUGCUGGCAAACCGAUUCCGGGAGUCCUACCGGGCGCUGCGGUGCCCGGCGUGCGACCAGAGCGGGCGGCAGCCGUGCCGGGUGUGCGCCGCCUGA